AUGACCGAGGAGCCCGGGCGGAAGGACAGCGAGCUGGGACACGUGCCCUGCAGCAUGGGCUGCGGACACAAGGACGACAAAGCCAGCCUGGCCUCCAGCCAGACAGCGUCUUUCGGCCACCAGCCCCCCUCCACUCCUGCCUCCAAGGAAGUGUGGAAGAAGGGCGGCCGCAUGUUCUCCAUCCUGCUGGCCGUGCACUUGGCCCUGCUGGCCUGCACGCUGGUGAGCAGCGGGGCUUUCGAGAAGAUCGCCGUGCACGACUACGACGUCUUCUUCCUGCUGACAGUCAUGAUGCUGGUUGUCAUCAUCUGGAUCAUCUUCUACCUCGCCGGCACCUCCCGGUGCCCGGGUGCCAUCCUGGGCAAGGACUCCCACGCCGGGCCCAUCUGGCUGAGAGGAGGCCUGAUCCUAUUUGCCAUUUUCAGCCUUGUCAUGGAUGUGUUCAAAAUAGGAUAUUACUCGAGCUUCUACAGCUGCCUGUCUGCAAUCAAAAUCAUCUACCCCAUUGUGCAGGCAAUAUUUGUGGUUGUCCAGACAUAUUUCCUGUGGGUCUCUGCCAAAGACUGCAUCCACGUGCACCUGAACGUUACCAGAUGUGGCUUGAUGCUAACGCUGACUACAAACCUGGCCGUGUGGAUGUCAGCAGUGACAGAUGAGUCUGUCCACAAGGCACAUUCAAAGCUGAAGAAAAACAUGACAGAGGAAAUCUUCAGGUGGCUCCUGAAAGUGGGAAUGAGAAGCAGCUCAGUUGAAGAAUGCAAUUGCAACAGCCAAAUCUGCCAGAUCUUCAAAAAUGGCUACUUUUGGCUGUACCCCUUUAACAUUGAGUACAGUCUCUUUGCCUCUGCCAUGGUCUAUGUCAUGUGGAAGAACGUUGGACGCUUCAUAGACCACCACUCCCACCACAUUCAGCGCCUGAAGUUCAGGCUCUUCCGAAGGACCUUCUUUGUAGGCAUCAUGCUGGGCCUCAUCAUCCUUGUGAGUGGCUUGGGAGUCCUCAUCCUGUACGAGGUGCAGGUAAACUCCAACACUGAAUCCAGCAAGAAGAGCCAAGCACUCACCAUGUACUAUAUCUUCAACAUUGUUUGUCUGAGCCUGAUGUCUCUUGUCUGCAUCGGUGGCUCCGUCAUCUACCGGUUUGACAAGAGGGACAUGGACCGGCACAAGAACCCCACCAGGACCCUGGACGUGGCCCUGCUCAUGGGGGCAGCCUUGGGGCAGUAUGCCAUUUCCUACUACUCCAUUGUGGCCAUCGUGGCCAGCACGCCGAGAGACACCAUCAGCGCGCUCAACCUCACCUACGCGCUGCUGAUGAUCGCCCAGCACACCUUCCAGAACGUCUUCAUCAUCGAGGGCCUCCACCGGCAGCCCCCCAAGGAGGACUACAAGCACGAGUCUCACCAGAAGGACCUCUACGGGCUCACCUUUGUCAACAUCAACGCAGUGUCCCUGCGGGUGCCCGACACUGGCGGCACCGUGGCCGCCGGCGCGGCAGCUGGCGCGGAAGCCAUGCGUGCUUCUGACCUGGUGAGGUCCCUCGCUGCCCCCAAAAAGAUGAACUGGAGGAGGAAGUUCUUGAGGGAGAUCUCCAUGUUCCUGCUGCUGAGCAAUAUCAUACUCUGGAUCAUGCCAGCGUUCGGUGCCCGGCCCCAGUUUGACAAUGACACAGAACUGAACUUCUAUGGUGAUUCCAUGUGGCCGGCCAUCGUGGACAUUUGCCUGCCCUUUGGGAUCUUCUACCGAAUGCACGCUGUGGCCAGCUUGCUGGAGGUCUACAUCAUGUCCUAAAGAGCCCCCC